UUCACGUCUUUUAGCAGUUUCUGAGUUUCACAUUCAAACAAAGUAAGCAAAAAAAAAGUAAACAAAACCUCCGACCCGACAUUCAAAAGUUUCGAAUGAAGAAUGAAGAAUGAAGAAUGAAGUAAUUAGGAAAUGUCUUACCAAACACAGUCAAACUUUUCAUUAAGAAAGACUUGUUCUACAUACAACAGCCACGUCAUUCCAAUGAGACAGAAACCGCACGAGACCAACGUGAAGUGAAACAAAAACAACAUCGUCUUUCUCUCCCGAGUGAGCCACGUGGAAGGCUGAUUGAUUCCAUAAUAUCGUCAUAGGACUCUCACAACGUUUCUCCGACUACGUUUGAUGAAUCAUCGGCCGGCCAAUUUCUUCUUUAACAUGCGUGCGAGGCAUUAUUACCCUGCGUGUCAACGUUUUCCACGAGAAAAUCAAAUCUUUUAAUAAAAGUUUCUGUUUUUAAUCGAAGUCUUAAAAUUGUAACGUGUGCGUCCGUGAGUAGAAGGUCGUGAAAUUUCCCACUAUGAUGAUACGCCACAACUCAGUUCCGGUGAAUAUUUCGCUGGAGACGGCGGAGGAGAACGGUGGUGUUAUGGACAAGCCAAGUUUUUUGUCUUCCUCUACUAAGAGAAUUUCUGAAUUGCCGGUAAAGGAGAAUCUAGCUCCGGUGGCUACUCCAACGACGGUGGAUACUACUGGCUUUCAUCAAGUGAAAUCUCGAUGGUCGUUUUCUUCUUCUAAGAGAAGCUUUGGGAGUAGUAAAGAUGAUACCUUUUUUGAAUCACAUCAAUGGCUGCAAUCUGAUUCUGAAGAUGAUUUCUACAGCGUUAAUGGCGAUUUUACCCCAUCACUUGGAAACACUCCAAAGUGUAGUUUCUCAGAGAAGCUUCCUCGGUUUCAUAACCCUUUAUUCGAAGAAGAGAAGCCUAGAGUAUCGUUUUCGCAUUCUCUAGCACCACGGAGGAAGAAACUAGGCGAACUUUUUAGAGACAGUAUAAGAGAAGGACGAGAGGAAAUUUUGGAAGAGUCAUCAGAAAACCAAAGUGAAAAAAGUAAAAAAUCAUUAAGUGAUCACUCUGAUGAGCUCAAAAUCAUUGAAAGUUCUGUAAAAGAGAAGAAGAAUCUUAAAUCUUUGAAUUACCAUCAUCGUUGUCUUCCAAGAUUCUCAUCUUUUAAAGGAAGUUUAAUGGAGAAGAGAAAGAAGAAGAAGAAAAUUCAUUUGAAAUGAGAUUGAAAGUUUGGAUAUUUUAUUUUUAAAAAUCGAAUAACUUUCACCUAUGGUAAUUUUACAUGUUAUUUGCUGAUUGAUGUGAUGGAAACAUAAGCACUGAUUUAGA